AUGCGGCCUUUAACGGACAACACCAGCGCGUUAACAUGGUCGUCGUCACUCGCAAGAAACAACGCCUUCAGUCAGGAACUGAACCGCUGUCUAGGUCUGCACCAUGCCCUCCACCACCUCCACGUGUCGGCGUCCCACAUUCCGGGUGCGAUCAACACGCACCCCGAUGCAGGGUCUCGCGCCAGCCGCGAGCCAUACCGACCCAACUGGCAGUCAGCGACAGCAGGGUGGACACCAUCUCCAAUACCACCACAACUCCGGCACGCGUACCGGUCAUCUCUCAUCUUCACCGCGCCUCAUUGGCCCCAUCCUGGUGGGCUCGUUACAACCAAGCAUGGACCCGCUACCAACAUUCACAACAUUCCACGGAAUGGCUAUCCUCUGCACCGCCCUCGCACCCCGACCAAGUCAUCUGGGCCUCUACGGUCCUGGUUUUCUUCUUUCUUUUACUCCAAGUACCAAGCGGUUAGCGGAAAGCCAACGAAUCAAACCCUCCAGUACAGCGACGUAACUUUCCUCGACCACGUUGGCCGUGAAACGUCCGAUUAUGGCGCGAUUCGCACUGUCCAAGUGCUAGUUCGAAGCUCCAAAUCAGACCAACAAGGAAGGAAUAGGGGUUCAGCUACACCUCGGGAAAUCCGGUCUCUCGUGGUUAUGCCCAGUCGCACUAGCAGCCUGGGUGCUCAAACAUCACGCGCGAACGAUCGGUGCAAUGCCCAGCGAACCGUUAUGUUGAACAUCAAAGCUGCAGCUCAUCACGUGCGAAUCCAUCAGCAAUCUCAAUCGGUCUGA